UUCUAGAAAGUAUUUUACGCCCAAACAAACACACCCUUAACUAGUUUCAAGGAGGAGGAACGACACAGGACUGUCGAGCUGACACAGUAUUUCUCUGCCAAAAGUAACCUAAGCUUACAUUUGGCCACCCCUGCCCUGUCCAUCACUCCAUCCCCUUGCUAACGUGAGCCUCCCGUGCGCGUUACUCCACCCAACCGAAUAAACAACCAUGCCAGGGGGAAUCCUUAAACUCUCCACAAUCUCUUCCCUCUACUGCUCCCACAAAUUACCCACCAAUAAUAAUUGGGUCCGCCGCAGCCUUAACACCACCACCACCACCGCCGCCGCCGCAUCUGGGCGGCAGCUCACGCACCCUAUUUCAACCACCACGACCGGGGGGUGGUGGCGGCGGUGCAGGAUAAGCCCGUGCGCACUCUCGGCGCAUGUUAAGAUCCCCCUCCCUUCCUCAAACUCUAGUUCUAAUAAUAGAAACAACAACCUAGUACUAGGACAGCGACACGGAUUUGGUGGUCAGAAAUUUUUGCAUUCUUCGACCCCUUUGGCUUCCUCUUCUCAAGAAAAACGGCAAGGCUUUAGUACUCAAUUUAACGACGAUCCCAGUGGUCUCGCCACUCACAUGGGCCCCACGCCUUACGGUCAUGAUGACGACGGGAAAAAACCACCGCCACCGUCGGCUAAUUCUGCCAAAUUACUCACAUUGCCCACCAUCCUCACCAUCGGCCGCGUCGCCGCCGUCCCUCUUCUCGUUGCCACCUUCUACUCCGAUAAUUGGUGGGGACCGAAUGCAGCAACCGGUAUAUUUAUAGCUGCUGCAGUUACAGAUUGGCUUGAUGGGUAUCUUGCUAGAAAGAUGAAACAAGGUACUGCAUUUGGUGCAUUUUUGGAUCCAGUAGCUGAUAAGCUUAUGGUUGCUGCCACCUUGGUUUUACUGUGUUCAAAACCCCUGGAAGCUGGCAUAUUUGGACAAGCUUCAUGGCUGCUAACCGUACCUGCAAUUGCCAUAAUUGGAAGAGAGAUAACCAUGUCUGCUGUCAGGGAAUGGGCUGCUUCUCAAGAUGGCAAACUCUCAGAGGCUGUAGCUGUAAAUAAUUUGGGGAAGUGGAAAACAGCCACUCAGAUGACAGCGUUAACCAUAUUGCUGGCCACCAGAGAUAGCAGUCUGAUAGGGGCAGGAACACUUGUGGCUUCUGGUGUUGUAUUGCUCUACAUCUCCGCAUGGCUCUCUGUAUGGUCUUUGGUCGUGUAUAUGAGAAAGAUCUGGAAAGUUUUGUUGAUGUAGCUUUCUUCUGCAUCAGCAUUGCUUUGAGCUCUUAAUAUUUUAUCUUUGAGGUAUCUUGUUGACCAAAUCCUUCGUUUGUUUAUACAAGAGAGGUUUUUCCAUAUCACAAGGACAACAGGCGGCUCUGUUUUGGAAUCUUCUGCACUUACUCAUUAAACUACACUUACUGAUUGAUACUGUUAGUGGAUUGAAUAGGUAUUCUUCAUCGUAAGUUGUAACUCUCUAACAAAUUCAGGUUCACAAUGUUACAACAGUUUCGGCGCUGACCAAUUGUUUACAUCUUUCAUGUUUCUGGUCUUGUCAAUCUUUGGUUUGCCUAGAUAGGCCAGUAGCAUUUGCAGAGAUGAAAGGUCUGUAGACGCUUGUCAUAUUUGUGGGUAUAGGAAUGAUUCAACACAGAUCACAGAACAACCUUUUAUCUUUUUUGGAACUCUUGCCAAGGAUGUAGUGCCAUGAUUGCUUAUUUAUAUCUUAGUGAUCUUGCUUAA